AUGAAGCGUAACCCCCGUAAAUUGGCCUGGACAAAAGCCUUCCGCAAAGCCGCCGGCAAGGAAAUGGUCGUCGAUGGCACCCUCGCCUUCGCAGCCCGCCGCAACGUCCCUGUCCGCUACGACCGCGAGACGGUCGCUAUCACCGAGAAAGCCAUGGCGCGCUUUGAGGAGGUCAAGCAGAAGAGACAACGUGUGUUCUACAAGAAACGCAUGGCGAACAAUAAGCAGAGGCAGAGAGAUUUGGACAGGAAAUUGGUGGCGGAGAAUAGCCAUCUGUUGCCGAAGAUGAGGGCUAGUGAGAGGAAGAGAUUGGAAGAGGAGAGAGGCGAGGAGCUGGGUGAGGAGGAGGUUGAGCUGAUUGAGAGCACGAAACCGAAGAGUCAGGUAUUUGGAAAGAUGAAGAUCAGGAAGAAGGCUCUUGUGGAUGGGGGUGAGGAGGAUAUCAUGGAUAUGGAUUGA